AUGAAGUCGGCGGUGGGCUUGCGUCGUGGCGGGUCUGGCGGCCGUGGGGGUGGCGGCUGGAGCGGAGGGCGCGGGGGCGGAGGCGGAGCGGGCAAGGGAGCCGGAGGCGACGGCGGCGGCCCGGGAGGCAAGGGCGGCUUCGGGGCGCGGACGCGCGGCUUCGGUGGCGGCCGGGGCCGGGGGCGCGGUGGCGGCGGAGGAGACGGCCGGGGGGACCGCGGAGGCGGCGGGCAGCUGCGCGGCGUGGCCAAGAACAAGAACCGCCGCAGGAAGAGCGUUUUGACGGUGUCGGUGGAACCGCACCGGCACGAGGGCGUCUUCAUCUACCGCGGGGCGGAGGACGCGCUGGUCACGCUGAACAUGGUGCCGGGCCAGUCGGUGUACGGCGAGCGGCGGGUCACGGUGACCGAGGGCGGCGAGAAGCUGGAAUACCGCACGUGGAACCCCUUCCGCUCCAAGCUGGCCGCGGCCAUCCUGGGCGGGGUAGACCAGAUUCACAUCAAGCCCAAGUCCAAAGUGCUGUACCUGGGUGCCGCCUCGGGGACCACCGUGUCCCACGUCUCCGACAUCAUCGGCCCAGACGGCCUGGUCUACGCGGUCGAGUUCUCCCACCGCGCCGGCCGCGAUCUCGUCAACGUGGCCAAGAAGCGAACCAACAUCAUCCCGGUCCUCGAAGAUGCGCGGCACCCGCUCAAGUACCGCAUGCUUAUCGGCAUGGUGGACGUGAUCUUCGCCGACGUGGCACAGCCGGACCAGUCCCGCAUCGUGGCUCUGAACGCCCACACCUUCCUGCGCAACGGGGGCCAUUUCCUCAUCUCCAUCAAGGCCAACUGCAUAGACUCCACCGCGUCCGCCGAGGCGGUGUUCGCCUCCGAGGUGAGGAAGCUGCAGCAGGAGAAUUUAAAGCCUCAAGAGCAGCUGACUCUGGAGCCCUACGAAAGGGACCACGCCGUGGUGGUCGGGGUCUAUCGGCCCCUUCCUAAGAGCGGCGGCAAGUAGCCACCCAGCUCGGGCUGUCCCUGAGAUGUGCCCAAGGCUGUACUGUGCUCCGUGUUACCGUACAUUUUCUUCGUGCAGUUUUUCUAUUAAAUGACAUAAACAAACAGUACCCAGGUGUAUCAGUGAGGCCACAUUGAGUUAUCCCCACAUCUCCAAAUCCGCCAAACCCUAAAAUAGCUAAGAUACCUGGUGAAAGGGGUCCAUCAAGGAGUUAUAGCUUGGGGACUGUGCUUCCUCCAGCCACGCAAAAUCCUGACUGUUCAGGGCCCCUCUUCACAUGUACUUCCUCAUCACAGGGGCUGGGGAAAUGAGCUUAUAAAAUCAUCUUUGGA